AAUGGAUCAUAAAGUUGACCCACCAGCAUCAAACCCUGAACUGAGCCAAAAGACACUAUUUAGCCCAAUGAACUUUUUCUGAGGUUUCCAACCAAAUUUGUGAUUUUAAUUAAGUUCUAAAAUUUGAAUCCAUUUCUCCUGACAGAUGAAACAGGAAGCCUGAGACUAUUUAAGACUUUUUUUUCCUCCUCGUUCUUCCUAGUUUAUCCCUAAGAAACUACAUUUCUGAAGAGAACUAAUGGCCCACAGGAGCUUUUCUUUCCUUGGCAAUUGCUUUUUUCCUUUUACAGAUUUAAUUUUUCAUAGUGCAAGAUAUUAUUAAGAAGUCCGUUUUCUCUAGAAGUGCCUUGUGUCUGCAAAAAGUUGUUUGAAAGCAUCGGAGGAAGCUAAUUGGUGACCUGUUUUUCACCUCCUUUCUAGCUUAUUCCUCUUCCUUCCCCCUCAAAGCCGAGGUGUGUUACUGCUGCACCGAGGCUGAUGAAGAGACUUGAGUACUCCCCGGGAUGCUCAGCUGUGACAGAAGCACUGCCACUGUCUGCUGAAGCUGACGCUGAGACCCUCAUGGGCAGAGUUUAGCAGAUGCUAGGCAGGGUACCUGCUUGCUGUAGCUAGAGCUGCAGGUCCUUUUAAUUCCAAGCCAUGAAUGAUUCCAGGUGGACUGAAUGGAGGAUCCUGAACACGAGCAGUGGCAUUUUGAAUGUGUCUGAACGUCACUCCUGCCCACUUGGAUUUGGCCACUACAGUGCAGUGGACGUAUGCAUCUUCGAGACAGUUGUCAUUGUCUUGCUGACAUUUCUCAUCAUUGCUGGGAAUUUAACGGUCAUCUUUGUUUUUCAUUGUGCUCCACUCUUACACCACUAUACGACCAGCUAUUUCAUUCAAACAAUGGCAUAUGCUGAUCUUUUUGUUGGAGUUAGCUGCUUGGUUCCUACUCUCUCACUUCUCCACUACUCCACAGGUAUCCACGAGUCGCUGACUUGCCAGGUUUUUGGAUAUAUCAUCUCAGUACUGAAAAGUGUUUCUAUGGCAUGUCUGGCUUGCAUCAGUGUGGAUCGCUAUCUUGCCAUCACCAAGCCUCUGUCCUACAAUCAACUGGUCACCCCAUGUCGCCUGAGAAUUUGCAUUAUUUUAAUCUGGAUCUACUCUUGUCUAAUUUUCUUGCCUUCCUUUUUUGGCUGGGGGAAACCUGGUUACCACGGUGACAUUUUUGAAUGGUGUGCCACCUCUUGGCUUACCAGUGCCUAUUUUACCGGCUUUAUUGUUUGUUUACUUUAUGCCCCUGCUGCCUUAGUUGUCUGCUUCACUUACUUCCACAUUUUCAAAAUUUGCCGGCAGCACACCAAAGAGAUAAAUGACCGGAGGGCCCGAUUCCCGAGCCAUGAAGCGGCUGCCUCCGGAGAGGCUGGGCAUAGCCCUGAUCGUCGCUACGCCAUGGUUUUGUUUCGGAUAACCAGUGUGUUUUACAUGCUGUGGCUCCCUUAUAUCAUCUACUUUCUUCUAGAAAGCUCCCGGGUCUUGGACAAUCCAACAUUGUCCUUCCUAACCACCUGGCUGGCUAUAAGUAAUAGUUUUUGUAACUGUGUUAUAUAUAGCCUCUCCAACAGUGUUUUCCGGCUAGGCCUCCGAAGACUGUCUGAGACAAUGUGUACAUCUUGUAUGUGUGUCAAGGAUAACGAAGCACGAGACCCCAAACCUAGGAAACGGGCUAAUUCGUGCUCCAUUUGAAGAAGACUCCACAGUAAAUCACAUGUAAUCUGACAGUAGUUUUGGAUUGUAUUCUUGCUUCAUCUGGAAAUUUGCCACUAGAGAAAUAUUUACUUGAAUAGUUGACUAUGAGAGGAAGGGACUAAAAGUUUCUUUUUUUUUCUUUUUCAUGAAAAAAAAAAAAACCUAAAGAUAUAUAGAGGGUAAUCUCAUGAGAGAAUUGUAGUGUGUGAGUAUAAAUAUGCAGUACUAGGAAAAGGGAAGCUCUGAGGAUGGAAAAGUGCCUCAGAUCUUCCACAGGGCAUGAGCGAAGCCCCUGGCGUCUUGUUUCUCUCUCUCUUUCUGACUGGACUCUCUCCUCUGUCUCUGCCUGUCAUUCUCUUUCUUUCUGUCUCUCUCACUCUCUUCUGUGUUUGUGGAAUUACUUACAUAAACUGCCCUUUAUAGAAAAAUGCUACAUAUUAUAUAUGUGGUAAAGUAUAACCUUUUGCAUCAAAGUGUACUUCUAAACUCACUAAUCUGCAGUCCCUAAAAGGUCCCUCCAUGGAGGAUGCAUAGCAAGCAUUAUAUUUUAUUACCUGCCACACAACCCUUUUGCUUGUGUUUUUAUAUCUGUAGCACAAAUUUCUGCAGUGAAGAAACAGUUUUUUUGUUUGUUUGUUUCUUCUGGGUAAAUGUAUGCUCCCUCCUCCUUUCUAACAGCCUGCUAUUAUUUUUCCUCCAUUUUUCUUUAUCUGCAUCCUUUGGUACCUUAAGCCAGAAGUGUCUUAGCUAAUGAAAGAAUCUAUUAUAUAAAAGUCAUAAUGUUGAAUGGCUUAUUCCUUCUAAAAAAGUAUUCUAUAUAUUGUUUAAGAUAUUGUGUUAAGUAUUUUUUAAUGGCUUUGGGAAACAUUUUUAUUUGGUUUCUUUUGAAAUAAUACAUGUGCCCAAAGUGGUGUCCUUUCUGGGGGGGCCUAUAGUUAAGCUUUGUUUUUCUUUACGAUAAUUCACAAUGCAAAUGCACUCACCCAGAAGUGGGGUAUUGCUCUUAAAGCCACUCAGUGUGUUCCACCUUUUUUCUGUAAAGAGUAAAAUAUUAGCCUUUUUAUGUUAGGUCUGCAAAGCUUACUGUUGUGGUCCACUAAUUAUUUGUAUGAUAAUGCAUUUGCACAUACUAUAUUUUUUACAACAAAGAACAUGUAAAUUACAUUAUGUGAUCUGUGCCUAAUGUCUUCUUAGCACACUAUAUAGAUCAGUGUUGCUUAAAUCGUCAACAUUGGACAAAAAUAUGUUAAAACUUCUUUUAAUAGAAAAAUAUUUUGUUAGUUGUUAAUUAGAUAUUUCUAUUAGACCCCUUCCUAGUGACGCUGAGAAUAAAAUAUACUUAAUUAUCAAAUAACAGGUAAGAACUGUCAGUAUUUUCUUUUGUAAUGAUCUGUUUUCCCAGUCAGAGAUUAAAUUAACUUAUUUUUUUGUGUGCUAUAUGCAGUUGUAUAAUAAAUUGUCAGGGGUUUAGAUGUAGCAAAAUGGCAUUUGGGAAAUUAAUAGUGAAGCAGGUAUAAGUGCUAAAACAUCUAAAUCUUUUUUUUUUUUUUACCAUAAGUUUCCUGCCAGAUAGAUAUUUUAAAAUAUAUAUCAAACUACUGAGUGUUCUCAGCAUUUUUGAUUAUUUUAUGAAAUGCAUAUAGUGAAAUGUGCCUAUGACUCUUCAAAUUGGAAGCCAACAAUGUUUGCACACUGGUGGUUUGACUUAGGAGGUCCUUUAGUAAAAGAAAUGUCAUUGUUUUAUUGAGGUUGUUCUGAACCCAUGUAUAUUUUUAAACAUGUAAGAAAGGUUUAAAAUAAAGAAUAAAACAGUAUUCUACAUAUU